AUGACUUCUCAAACAACCCAACCCAAGGUGUGGCCUAAUCUCCCACUCCCCCCUCUCCCUGAAGACCCCAAGCCAGGUCAAGCCGCCGCCACGACCGACAAGGACAACGGCGCUACCCAGCAGGCCCAGCCUGUUCAGCAGACUGCGCAGACUGCGCAGACCCAGCCCGCCCAGCCGGCGGCUGUGCCCCAGCAUAUCGAGACCCAGGCCGGCAUGGCGGCUCCCAGCGCAGCCGAGCAGCCUAGGACUGUCCCUACAGAGUGGAACAUGCAAAUGACCCCCGACGAGGUCGCCGCAGUGUACGACCAGCACGUCCGGAAGACAGAGGGACAAAAGGAUAAAGACUGGGAGAAGAAGCAACUCGAGAAAGAGUUGAGGAUGCAGCAAAUCGAGAGAGACAUGGUCCAAAGCAUUGACGUGUGGACCUCCACUCACGACGACGACGGCCAGUACAUCGGCCCCCCUCGCGGCGCUGCUCCCGCCGCCGCCGCCGCCGACGCCGCGGCCAACAACCCCGAGGUCAAUGUCGCUUCCACCUCAGGCGAGCCUGCUGCGGUCCCGGCUCCUGUCCUCUUGACCCCUCCGGGCCUGGUCAACGACCCGUCCGGCAGCUCUCAGGAGACGCUCGCGCCCCUGACUCCCGAGCAGCGCAAGCGCAAGGCCGACAACGCCCUGGAGAGCAGCGCCGCCAAGAGCCAGGCGAUCGCCGGCCAGGACGACAAGCCGGCGCACGCCGCCAAGACUCUCGAGCCCUUGCCAUCCGACCAGCUGGACAACGUCCCGGAUGAUGACCAUCAGCCCGACCUCGGUGACUGGACCAUGCCCACUGUCGAGGCUCCUGAAUCAGCGCCCUUUGAUUUCGGCGAGGAAUACCAGGACUGGAUGCAUGGCGACUUCAGCGGCAUCAACUUCGGUGACGAUACGGCCAACGGCAGCGAUUUUAACUUUGACCUCAGCUUUGCACCCAGCCUGGAUGCCGAGGCUGGUGUUGUCAGCGCCGAGCCUUCUACUGCUGCCUCGAGCAGCAGCAGCCAAACUGCAGCUUCGAUGGCCGCGCCCGUCGAGCAGGCCGGUGCUGCUUAUGUCACGCCCGCGGAGCUUUCUGUCGUCAACUCUGCCCCUGACCAGCAGCCAGACCCGCUCCAGAAGGCUCUCGCAGACAUCGAGAACCUCAAGGCCGAGCUGGCGACCGCCCAGAACGACGCCGCGGCGAAGAGCGGCUUCCUGGGCCUCAUGAACCACGAGGUCGCCGGUUACAAGCAGCUCCUGGCCCAAAAGGACCACGAGAUCCGCACCCUCGUGCAGGGGUCCCAGCAGAAGGACGCCGUGGUCCGCGAGCUGCAGAAGCAGGUCCAGUCCACGCAGGCCAUCCGGGACUACAAGGAGCAGCUCGAGGGCAAGAAGGCCAACGACGUCCAGGAGGCGGUCGCCCACGUCUUCGGCAAGACCAUCAUGCCCUGGUGGAACCAGGCCUUCUUUCAUCAUAACCUCGUCGGCUUCCCCAUCCGGUUCCUCGAGGGAAGCCCUAGACCCGAGGUCCACCGCCGGAUCAUGGGCAUGGUCUGGGCGGCAGUCCAGAACGCUGCUCGCGACUUUGUGGAGCCCAAGGCGCAGCCCCAGGCGCAACCCCAGGCGCAACCCCAGGCGCAACCCCAGGCGCAACCCCAGGCGCAGCACCAGGCGCAGCACCAGGCUGCUGCCAGCCCUGCUACUCCUGGUGCUGUUCCCGUCGCCCAUGCCGACGCCCCCCACAAGGCCCACAAGAUGCCCAGUGACGAGGAGCUGCAGAGGAUGCAGGAAGAGGUCCGCAAGGCCUGGAAGCGGCCCAGCCAGAUAGCCGCCAACGCCGGCGCCCCCCCGGCCGGCAUUACAAGCCCCGAGCAGCAGCCGCACACGCCCGCUGCGAACCGCGCGCCCGCCUCGGGCGGCAGCAAGUCGGUCGCGUCCUCGAGCAGCGGCAAGUCGACGGCGACGACCAAGCGCGCGCCGCGCAAGAGCAACCGCAAGAACUCGACGGCGCAAAGCGCCAAGUCCAACAGGUCCGGCGCCAAGUGCCCGGCGCAGGUCCGACCCGAGAUCUACAAGGACAUGGAUAGCAACCAGUGCCUGAGGCUCAUGACCGGACUGGCGGUUAACCUCCACGAUCUCGAUAGCCCGGCGGGUCAGGAGGCACCGCAGGAGCAGCAGCAGCAGUGUCCUCACGUCCCGGGGCAGCAGCAGGCCCAGCCCCAGGUGCCGGCCCAGAUCCAGAUCCAGCAGCAGCAGCUGAGCCCCGACACUCCGCUCACCAUACACACAGACCUGCAGCAGUCGCUGAUGAAGAAUCUGAGCCCCGGCGUUCCGCUCAACCCGCACGUAGCUGCGCUUCAGGCGCGGCAGCAGCAGAUGAACCCCGGCGUUCCGCUCAAGGUGCACGUAGCCCGGCCUCGGGUGCAGCAGCGACAGGAAAUGCUGCAGAACAUCUCCCAGGCCGUUCCUUAUGUGACCAUCCCGGGCCCCGAGGGCAUGGUCACUAUGACACAGGCGAACUAUGUCCGUCUACUGGAACAGCGGCAGCAGAUGGGCCUCACGAUGGUUCAGCAACCGCAACUGCAACUGCAACCGCAGGCGAUGCCAAUGCCGGGCCAGCUCCAGCAGAACAGCAACGCUGCGCCCCGCGGCCAGGCGGCUGGAGGCUUCGCACAGCAGACCCCGCCGCAGACGCAGAAUUAG